AUACGAUGAAACAUCGACGAAUAAUAAAAUACUACGUAAUAAAAUUUACAUAAGGAAGUGUAGAAUAGUAAGCAUUAUACCUUAGUGGUUGGAAAUUUGCAAUAUCAUUGUCACAAGUGGGUUCUCCCAAACAAAAGAGAUAUUAUGUUCCGUUUUUGUAAACGCGCACAACACAUCUUAAUAAAAACCGGUAAAAGAUGCAUGAUUCUAUACUUUGGAUGGGAAUAACUUUUAGAUUAAAAAUUGCUGAACAGGCAAUCUCAUUGGGUAGUCAAUCAUCCCGACGUGGCAGCUCCUCUAGUGCACCUGCAACAAGAAAAGAAACACUGUCAACGAGGAGUCCUAGAUUUCUUGAUGUUCCUUUUACAAACAUUGGUGUGGCAGAGUUGUUAACUAUUGGAAAAUGUCAGUUAAGUGGGUAUUUAAAUAUUCAAAGCAAAGACCGCUUUGGAAAGAAUUGGAAGCGUCGGUUUGUCAUCAUCUCACGUGGAUGUUUAUAUAUAUUCGCAAAUGAAAAUGCAACGAAAAUGAAGGAUUCUUACUCUCUUGAUGAUUUCGAAAGUGUAAGUGAAGACAAAAUCGAUUAUUGUUUUUUUCUGAAGUUCAAAGAGGCUGGAAGAUCAGCAAUGGUAUGCUCGUGUGAAUCAGCAAUGGACAGAACAGAAUGGAUUUUUCAGAUACAGAAGACAAUGUCUGAUGUACGAACUUAUUUUCAAGGUGACAGCGGAUUUGAAAGCGCUGAAAUGACAUCAGUACCAUGUAUAACAGUCAGUACAGAAACACUUGUCGACUAUUCUUCUGUUGAUGAAAGUAGGCUUUAUAAAAUUGAGCCAAAUCGGACCGAAAAGCCAACAGUUUUAAGGGCAAUAAGCUCGCCAAGUUUGAUAAAAGAAGGUAUUCCAAGGCAAGGGAUAAGUUAUCCAAGCACAUUAAGCUUGCCCACUCCUACAGAAGAAGGUAUUCAAGGGCGUGAGAUUAAUACUCCAGGCAUAUUGAGCUUACCCACUACCAUGAAAGAAGGUAUUCCAAGACGUGAGAUGAGUUAUCCAUGCACGUUGAGUUUACCCACACCUAUGAAAGAGACAUGGCAGAACUGUUUUAGAAACAGUAGAAAUUUUGAAAAAGAUGCGAAGAUGCUGCUUCUAAAGGGACUGUUGCCGGAUGAUAUAUUGCUUCAAAACAUUUGCAAAAGAUACGGUCGUAAGUCUGAGAUUAUUCGAUACAUCACCAAUGCUAUAUGUCAAAACAUCAAAGAGCAGUCAAAUAAUAUAGUUCAAGUUUGGCCUGCUUUUCGGUAUGGAAAUGAUCUGAAAAAUAGUGAAAAUCAUAUUAUUUUUGUUAUUAUAAUGGAAACACAUACUGAUAUUAAAACACAUUACCAAAUAUAUGAAAGAAAUAUCAAUAAAAUAUUGCCGGUGAGCGAAAAGGAAAAUAACUGCAUACGUGACAAUGAAAAGUUAAGUGAUGUAAAGAUUAACGAUAUAACAUUAUGCUUGAAGUCAAAUGCCAGUAAAUUGAUGGAAACACAUAAAAAUCUCACAUGUGUAACUAUUAGUAGAGUCAAAUCAAGCGGGCAUGGUAGGGAAAACAGAAUUGUUAAAUCACUUUGUAUAGUACUUUAUGUACAGGUCAAAGGAUUUAUUCCAAUCGAUGAGGAUCCGUUUGAACAAUUCAUUGAUGCUUAUCCAGUUGACGUUCGAGAAGGUGUAUUUACGCUUUGUGGAUCUCCUACAGAUUUACAUCAUAAUGUGAGAAUGGGCUGUGCACUAGACAGUGGAUUUGGAACAAACCAAGGAACUAUAGGUCCGUUUUUCAGAUAUCAAACUGAUCCUUAUACUUACUUAUUAACCAGUGCUCAUGUUUUACUCGACCCAGAGCAAAUGAAGAAACUGAUUGUUGACAAUGAAGUGCAUUACGGAAUGUUUGGUACCGAUACUUACCAGCCCCCUGAAAGUAUAUCAGUCGAUUAUAAUCUCGCCAUCAUCUGGGGUAAAAUUAGAGUUCGCUGUCUAUAG